AUGUUGGCUCCCCCUGCUGUCUUGAAAUGGAACAGCCACUGUGCAGAACAGAUCAAAAUGCACCUGGUCGGUGUGUCCGGGGUGCGGCUCCGGAGGGCGGCCGAGGAGGAGGAGAAAGAGAAGGAGCGCCCCGUGGCCCCUGUGCACCCCGCUGUCUCCCACAAAGAGUUCACCAACCUCAAAAACAAGUUCUUUGAUGAGCUCACACACCUGCCCAAUCAUAAACUUGGCAUGCCAAUGUGGGCUGCGGGCGCCAUCGUGGUGGUGAUCCUGGCCCUCGUGGGGUGUAUGGGCUACUGUAUUUACAAAAAGUGCUUCAAAAAAGGCAAAAAACCAAAGAAAGUGAGAGAAAGACGAGCGGGAGGAGGCCGCGGGCGCAGGAAAAAGGACAAGGAUGGAGAGGAUGAUGAAAAGAAGGACGGAGACGAGGCUAAAGAAGAAGAGGAGAAGGAGUUCUUUGGUAAACUGGAAUACAGCCUGGACUAUAACUUCAAUGAUAACCAGCUGAUCGUAGGAAUCCUCCAGGCACAGGACCUGGCAGCGAUGGACAUGGGCGGCACUUCUGAUCCCUAUGUGAAAGUGUUCAUGCUCCCGGACAAGAAGAAGAAGUUUGAGACCAAAGUCCAGCGCAAGAACCUGUCUCCAGUCUUCAACGAGACUUUCACCUUUAAGAUCCCCUACGCCGAGCUCGGAGGUCAGACCCUGGUUUUGCAAGUUUACGACUUUGAUCGCUUUGGAAAACACGACCUCAUCGGUGACAUCAAGAUCCCCAUGAACACUGUGGACCUGGCCCAGCCCAUUCAGGAGUGGAAGGACCUGAGCGGAGGAGAGAAGGAGGAGCAAGAGAAGCUGGGAGACAUCUGCAUUUCUCUACGAUACGUCCCCACGGCUGGAAAACUGACUGUUAACGUCAUGGAAGCCAAGAAUCUGAAGAAGAUGGAUGUGGGAGGUCUCUCAGAUCCGUACGUGAAACUAGUGCUACAACACAACGGAAAGCGGCUCAAGAAGAAGAAGACGACCGUCAAACAGAACACACUGAAUCCGUAUUUCAACGAGAGCUUCAGUUUUGAGAUCCCAUUUUCCCAGAUACAGAAAGUGCAGUUACUGGUGACUGUCUAUGACUACGACAAGCUGGGCAGUAACGACCCCAUCGGGAAGUGCUGGAUCGGUUACGGAUCGUCCGGGGUGGGUCUGCGGCACUGGUCUGACAUGUUGGCCAACCCCCGGCGUCCAGUGGCGCAGUGGCACACGCUGCAGACGGAGGAGGAGAUUGACGCCGCUCUGAAGGCCCCCAUCCGCUAA